AUGGCCCAAAAUGAGCUAGAAAUCAAGUCCAUAAAAAAUUUCCGUCCUUAUCCCGAAAUGAAAAUGCCUGUCCAGACCUAACAAAUCCCUGCUAUGGGACGGGAGGCCAGCUGUGAUCUCAAGCCGUUCCAUUUCUUACGAACGUUGGACGUCACCUCGAAUUGACAUCAUCUUUGAAUCCCAAUAAACUGAAACUCCUACAACUAAAAAUCUAGCAUACAAGACAAGGGCCAUGAAGCACGCUGGAACUAAGAUAGGACUGUUUAGGAUGACCGGGACAGCUUGUGUCAUUGGAAGCUUCUGAUCUGGACCGCUGGUUAGAAAUGUGUGCACAUCUAACCGUCGAUUAGGUGCAGGUGGCUAGCUCACUGAAAGCCAGCGUGGGUAAAAAAAUCCGAUUUUGCUCCCGUGAGUAUUGAGUACGGUGAAAUCCAAACAUGACACGUUAUGGGUGUCAAUCAUUUCUCCUAAAAUAUCUGCCUUGGCCUUGUAAAAUGGACAAUUGCGUGGCGUAAUUGGGUGGCGGUGAAAUUGCCUUUUACUGGAUAGAGAGUCUAGAAAAGGGGCACCUAAGUGAUGGCGUAUCAGGAGGCUCUUAGAGCAGCGCUCUCCGAAGCGAAUCCUCUAAUGAGAUUUUACUUAACAUAGGUGUGGAAUUCUAACUGAAAUUUGUAGAUUGGGGUCUGCAUAGGUCUAAUUUUAACUGGAAAUUGUAAGUUAUUUUUGUCUCUGAAGAAAUGUUGCUGCGAAGCUCUUCUAGUCUUAGCCUGCGCCCGGCUAAACCUGUUCCGCUAGAGCCGGAUGCGGGUCCGGGUUUCUGUAAACCUGUACGGACACCAUCGUCCAGCAGUUGUGUUGUCUGCCAGGGGAACCGGAAUUCAGGAGUGGAGAAACCCAAGAAGAAUUUGAUCAGGGUUUCUAAGAAAUCUGAUGCAAUUAUUGUUGAAGAUCGAAAAUCUGCCACCAAUGAGAGGAAGAAAGAAGAGGGUUUUAGAUCUUUAGUAGGAGAAAAGUCCAGUGUACGGACGCGUUUAGUGGGUAAUAGAGAGGGUUCUGAAUUUGGCGUGGGUGGCGGUGUUCAUAAAUGUGGUGGCCCUGGCUCUGGCGGCGGCGGUGGUGGUACUGCUGGUGGUGGUGGUGGUGGUGAUUCGAAUAGCACAGACGUUUACUAUCAGAAAAUGCUGGAGGCCAAUCCGGGGAACCCACUUUUGCUAAGGAACUAUGCUAAGUUCUUACAUGAGGUCCGAGGUGAACUUGCUAAGGCAGAAGAGUACUAUGAGAGAGCUAUACUUGCCAGCCCUGGGGAUGGUGAGGUGCUUUCUCUUUAUGCCAAGCUCAUUUGGGAUACUCGCAAGGAUGUGCCUCGUGCUGAGGCUUACUUUGAUCAAGCUGUGAAGGCUAACCCUGAUGAUUGCUAUGUUCUGGCAUCUUAUGCCAACUUUCUAUGGAAUUCAGAAGAGGAGGAGGAUGCUUUUGAUAUGCAAGGGGAAGUAGAGGUUCCUCCGUCUCACAAAUCUCCAACAGCUGCAGCUGCUUGAAUUGAAGCUAGUGUACGUAUAGAGCAAACAAAUGUAUCAACUUCAGAUACUAAUCUGAAGCAAGUGCAAAGAUAUAUGAGCUUCAUCACCUGCCUGCAACAGCUCAAAGACUGGUAGUGGGAUUAUACCUAUCUAUCGUAUUUUAAGUUCUAACAAAUACAUAUGUUGACCGAUGGGGCUUUCGCAUGGAAGGACACAUUCUGUAUAGUAUAGACAAUAACACCAUUACAGAUCAUAAAAAAAUUGAUCCUAGGAAUGCCCCCCAUUACCCAUGCAAGAGGUAUAACUGCAAUGACAGUAAGGGGUGGCAUUCGAAUGGAAUGUGUGUUCACAGAAAUCCCUGGAUAUAAAUUUGACAAAUACUGUUUUAAAUUA